AUGUUUGGCUUCCACAUUGAAUGCAUUGAUGUUUGGCUUCGUAACAACGCCAAUUGUCCAAUCUGCAGAAACUGCAUUUCCUCGUCGGCGAUUUUUUUGAACCCCGGCAGUUCUACUGGCGAUUUCACGGCGGCCGGGAGUAAUGAAGACGACGGCGUUGUUAUUGAACUUGAUGAGGAUCUGUCGAUCAUCCCGUCUCCGACACCGAAAUUUGCAAGAAAAAAUCGGAGAAAGUUCAGGCGAGUUACCAGCGUUGGGGAUGAGUGCAUUGACAUUAGGCAAAAGGAUGAGCAGUUUGCGGUUCAACCGAUCAGGAGAUCUUUCUCGAUGGACUCGGCGGCGGACCGGCGAGUUUAUUUGGCGGUUCAGAAGGAAGUUCAGCAGCAGAAACGCCGGCAAGAUGAGAUCAUAAGUUCCGGCGAGAGUAGCAGUAGCAAAAUUAAAAAGAAGUCAUUUUUCUCUUUCGGGUAUGGACGAGGAUAA